GAUUCCUGCUCCUUGUGCAUGUGUAUAUAAAUAUCUGCUCCCACAGACACAUGGACACACACUGGAGCUAAACGUGCUGGAAUACUUGAAGGGCAGACCGGCUGUGGAACAGAUCAAGAACCCCUGUUUGCCAUGAAGACAACAGGAGUCUUUGUGCUCCUUGCUCUGGCAGUCCUUUGCUUGGCAAAUGCUGACAAAGAGAACGAAGUGGACUGCAGUGAAUACAGGAGGUUAGAGAGAGGAAAACCCAUUUACUGCGAAAGGCUCUAUCAACCCUUCUGCGGCUCUGAUGGAAAAACGUAUAACAACAAAUGUUCUUUCUGCAAAGCAGUCCUGUAAGUACAACUCUACCUAAUUACUCCUGAAUUAGCCAAAAUCUGAUGUUAGCUGAAUUAUCUGGGAUUUCCAUUCCACCUAAGUGCUAUCAUUUUUUUUUCAGGGUCGCUAAUUCUCUGUUCCUUUGCUUAAUCUUUACAGAUUAAUUGCCUCUCCUGCCUAUAAGGUCC